AUGCGUGCUCCUGGACAUUGGUUUGUGCCAUACCAGACAACAUCAACAUAUUACACGGCCACUCAUGCUUCGGUAGAAGGAACAAUCUGUCCAAUCUCCUUCGUCAAAGAGACACUGUUCCCGUACGCUCUGACAGCCUUACCAGCAGUCCUUGAGUCAAAAUGGGACAGUGAGGAAUUCAAGCCAUAUAAAGAUGCUUUCCCAGAAGAAGCGCGAACGUCACCACAGGCGCUCCAAGCACACGUCGAAGACCUGACCAAGCGAGACGUGAAGGUCGCCUAUCUCAAGAACCUACAAGGCUACCUCUGGGAGACUGGCUACAAGACUGGCGCUUAUGGGACGCCGUUAUUCGACGAUGUUGUGCCCAAGUUGAAGGAGUGGAAGAAGGCGGGUGUUGAGUUGGCUAUUUAUUCUUCUGGCAGCGUGUUUGCGCAGAAGUUACUAUUCGGCCAUGUGCAAGUUUCUAAUGCCUCUUCUGCUAUGGCGGAGAGCCAGACUGAAGACCUGCAAUCGUUGAUCAGCGACUGGUUCGAUACCACUAACGCUGGACCGAAGACUGAGGCCAACAGCUACAUGACGAUUUUGGGUGCGCUGGAGUGCAUCAGAGCUGACUUCCGCGACCAGCUGUCUCCGAUGGAUGUGCUAUUCUUCAGCGACAACAUUAAGGAGUGCGAUGCGGCUGUCGCAGCAGGCAUGCGCUCGGUCAUUGUCGAACGUCCGGGCAAUGAGCCGAUACCACACCGAAAUGGUAGUGACGUUCAACACCGGACGGUGAAGUCCUUGGAUGAGGUGCAACUCAGUUGA